GGUGUCACCCUCGCCCCAACUGUGCAACUACUAGUCCUAUUUUCCUUUUCUAUUUUCUUUCAUCAAUUUUAUAAUUUAUUUAGAUUAGAUUAAACGGGGAAGAAAGGCCCAUAAAGUCUCUUCUACCAAACCACCAAAAUCUCUCUUCUGUCUUCAAUUCCCAAAUUCCCAAAUCUUCAUAAAACCUAAUUCAACCCCAAUCUUUUCUCAAGAUUAGGAGGUCAUAGAACAGCGUUUUCUCAGAUUCAUUAUUUGUUUUAACGACAUGGAAACUGUGCCCGAUCAAGCCACUACUGUAUGCCCUCACUGUGAUCGGGCUAUUCCUGCUGCAAAUAUUGAUUUGCAUUCUGUUCAUUGCUUACGGAAACUUGAAAAGUGUAAGGUUUGCGGUGAUAUGGUGCCCAAGCAACAUGCUGAGGAUCACUACUUAAACACCCAUGCGCCGGUGGCAUGUUCAUUGUGCAGUGAAACAAUGGGGCGUGAUAUUUUAGAUAUCCAUAAAGGUGAAAAUUGCCCUCAAAGGAUUGUCACCUGUGAGUUCUGUGAGUUUCCAUUGCCAGCACUUGAUCUGGCCGAGCAUCAGGAAGUAUGUGGGAAUCGAACAGAGAUGUGUCACCUUUGUAACAAAUAUGUUAGACUACGUGAAAUAAACAUUCAUGAAGUUAAUUGCAACAGACUUGAAGACAAUGCUGCUGCAGGGUCUUCAAGGGAUGAGAGGCCGGCUGAAAGAGAUGAAAGUGCUCCAAGAAGGCAGCAGAACGAAUUCUCAAAAAGUCGUCUUCUUAUCACCAUAGCAAUAACUGGUAUCGCUGUUAUACUUGGAUCGAUUUUUUAUCCGAGAAAGGUAGAGGACAGUAAUGUGCAUUAGCAGCGGAGACGGAAACAUGUUAUGUUAAUUUAAAUUGCUCUAUCUGUGUCAUUUAUUUUCAUAGUACAACAGAAGUAAGUACUUCACUACUAGGAGUACAUUAAAACACACCGGCAUUGUUACGUGUGGUUAUGUACUAUUUACUGUGGUUCUGUAUUUUGGAGAGAACUACCAAGAGAUAAAUUUGAGUCAUUCAUUAUAAAGAUUGAAAUUCCUUGUUUAUAUAA